AAAAAGAGUGUAAUAAUGAGUAGAGUAGGGCUGGGAAAAUGAGUCAAUAAAAAGGGGAGCAGAGAAGGGGUGAGAGAAGGUAGAAUAGAGAUGGGGAGGGCUCCUUGCUGCGAUAAGGCCAACGUCAAGAAAGGUCCAUGGUCUCCUGAAGAAGAUGAAAAACUCAAGGACUUCAUCAACAACUACGGCCCCGCCGGAAACUGGAUCGCUCUCCCUCAAAAAGCCGGUCUGAAGAGAUGCGGAAAGAGCUGCCGGUUAAGAUGGCUGAAUUAUCUUCGGCCUAACAUCAAGCACGGUCUAUUUUCCGAUGACGAAGACAGAAUCAUCUGCACGCUUUAUGGAACCAUCGGAAGCAGGUGGUCAAUCAUAGCAUCUCAGCUUCCGGGAAGAACAGACAAUGACAUAAAGAACUACUGGAACACAAAGCUCAAGAAGAAAAUCUUUGGAAUAAAUCAAGCAAGAUUCCAACCACCCUUUUCGUUUCCGCUUCUUCAGACAUCAACCCCACAAUCUGCUCACUCUCUGUCGCAUUUGUACACCUCCUUUCUCGAUCAAGCUAGGAAACCUCUCCCCGCCGCCGACUGCAUCAAUUUCUUAGCUCCACAUAAUAAUAAUAAUAAUAGCAGUACUCCUCUCUACUCCAGCAGUAACCAAUUUAUACAAAAUGAGGAAUUCCAUGGCAACUAUAAUCCCAUGAAAGACAGCAUGCUUGUGAGUGGGAGUUGCUCCUCCUCGGAUGGGAGCUGCAGCCUCGUCAAAAGUGAAGAAAUUGGAAAUUUUCAGGAACGAAACUCGUUCGCGCUUGAAGAUCAGUUGGGGUCGAUUGUUGAUCAUCACAAGCAGAAGCAGAGGAAUGGGGUUUUGGAGAAUACUCAGUUGCAGUAUGAUCUGGAGGAAGUCAAGCAGCUCAUUACCAGCGGUGGCGGUGGCGGUGACUUGUUUUUCGGCGACGACACCAAGAUGGGGAUGUACAACUUUUCAUAUUAGGUUUUACUAUUAAUGGACAAGAAAAAGGAAAACCAAAUUAUUAGUUACUAAUGGAAAUAUUAUGGGAUUUUUUUUUCUUUAAUUCGUUACUAAAAGUACUACACUACUGCAUUUCUCUUCUUUUAUUA